AGCACCGCAACGCAAGCCGAGGAAGGACCCCCUCCAAGAGAAGGCGCGCAAGUGGGCGAACCUCCAAGCGCGAAGGUUCGGCCAAAAAAGACGCUACGGCUUCGUCGAUACCUAUAAAGAGGACAUGCCCGCGGAACACGUGCGCAAGAUCGUCAAGGACCACGGCGACAUGUCCUCCAAAAAGUUCAAGGCCGACAAAAGAGUUUAUUUAGGGGCAUUGAAAUACGUGCCGCACGCCGUCUACAAGCUCCUCGAGAACCUGCCCAUGCCCUGGGAGCAGGUGCGCAACGUGAAGGUGUUGUACCACGUGACCGGGGCCAUUUCCUUCGUGAACGAGGUGCCCAAGGUCAUCGAGCCCGUACUGUAUCUCGGCGUCCCGUCGUGUGGAGACGCCUUCACGCCAUCGAUGCGCUUCGUCUCCAUCAGACGAGGCCGUGAGUACUUCAUUUUUUGAUUUUGAGUGGAUUCGGACCGAGUCGAGGGACCACGAUGCUCCGCGCAUGACGUGGUCGCCGCGAUGGCGCCGUCACGAGACCACGCCGCCUCGACGCCGUCGCCGCGGCCGUCGGAGAGAGCCGCAGCAGUCUCGAGACGAUGAUAUACACAUAUAUGUCGCGACGAUGAUAUGUAUACAUACAUACACAUAAGUAUCGAUACCCAACGCAGGUCUACACGGCGCAGUGGGGCUCCAUGUGGAUCAUGAUGCGCCGGGAAAAGCGGGACCGGAGGCACUUUAAAAGGAUGCGGUUCCCGCCGUUCGACGACGAGGAGCCGCCUUUAGAUUAUGGAGAUAACGUCCGGUAAGCGGCGUCCCGCUUCACGCGACUCGUCUCCGUCAGACGAGGUCGUGGCUCGUUUUUUUGUCGAUGUCGCGGCUCGCGUCGAUGGCGUCGAGCGAUGCCCCACGCCGGCGCCGCGGCGGUUUCGUGACUCGUGUCCGCCCCUCCGCAGGUCCUCGACGUCGAGCCGCUCGAGCCCAUCGCCAUGGAGCUCGACCCGGAAGAUGAUGCGCGCAUACGGCGUCCUUUCGCCUUCUUACGCCAUCGAGGCGACUCCUCUCCGUCAGAGAAGGCGAUGGGUGGUCUCUUGUCCAAAUUUGAGCCGAUUCGGGCCGCGGUGCCGAGAUCGCGAGACGCGAUAACCUGACAGGUUGAUGUCCACACAGGCGGCCGUCUGCGACUGGUUCUACGACCCCAAGCCCCUCGAGUUCACGGACCACGUCAACGGGAGCUCCUACAAGAAGUGGACGCUGACCGUGCCGAUCAUGUCAGUGACUCAGAGCAGAAAAUGAACUUGAACUUGCGUCGACGGCGCCCUCGCGACGCCACACCGCCGUGACGCCGUCGACGUGGCCGUGCGAGAGUCUACGCGCCGCGUGAGGGCGCUGCGGCGGUUUCGCGACGCCGUCGUUCCGCGCAGGUCGACGCUCUACCGCCUGGCCGGGCAGCUAGUGUCAGACUUACUAGACCCGAACUACUUCCACUUGUUUGAUCGCAGAAGCUUCUUCACGGCGAAGGCCCUGAACCUGGCGAUCCCGGGAGGGCCCAAGUUCGAGCCGCUGUUUCGGGACCACGACGCAUGACUCAGUGUCCGUUUCCGAACUUCAAGGUCGCGUCGAUGGCGUCAACGCGGCGCGAUGCCACCGUGACGCCGUCGACGUGGCCGUGAGAGAGUCUAUGAGGGAGCCGCGGCAGUUUCGCGACGCUGUCGUUCCACGCAGGCCGACGAGGACGACUGGAACGAAUUUAAUGACAUCAACAAGAUCGUGCGCGCGCCGCGUCCGCCUUCUCGUGUUGUUUUCAUGCGUCGUGGCCAUCAGACGAGGUCUCUCGUCCAAAUUUGAGCCGGUUCGGACGACGCGGCCGCCUCGCGGUCCCGAGAGAGGCGAAGAGCACUCCCGAGACACUCAUACAAACGCAGGUCAUCCGCCACCAGAUCCGCACCGAAUAUAAAGUGCAGUUCCCCUACCUCUACACGUCGCGGCCGCGGGCGGUGGCAUUGGCGCCGUACCACCACCCGCCUUUGUAUUACGUGAAGCCCGACGACCCGGACCUGCCGGCCUUCUACUUCGACCCCGUCGUGAACCCCAUCUCGGCCUUUCGCUCCAAGGCCGUCAAGGAAGUUGAUGUGGAAGAGGACGACUUUACUGUUGAAGGUCUGGAGCCGCUGCUGAACGAGCGGCCGUUGUAUACGGACGCGACGGCCGGCGGCAUCGCGCUCUACUUCGCGCCGCGGCCGUUUAACUUGCGGCGGGGCCGGACGCGAAGGGCCUUCGACGUGCCCCUCGUGAACGCGUGGUUCAAGGAAAGGUCAGUGACUCAGCGUCUGUUUCCGAACGUUUCCGAACUUCAACUUUGGGAAGAUGGCGUCUCCACGAGACCGCGUCGCCGCGACGCCGUCGAUGUGGCUGUGAGACGGUGUCCGCGCCGCGCAGGUGCCCCGCGGACCACCCCGUCAAGGUCCGCGUCUCCUACCAAAAAUUACUAAAAUGCUGGGUCCUCAACGAAUUGCACAAGAAGAAGCCCGCGCCGGCGUCCGAAGUCGGCCCAAAUUUCGACCCGAGACCGCCCAGCGCCUCCUCUCCCGGAGCCGAGUCGCCUCGACGGCGUGGCAUCACGCGUCGCGCCCCGCAGGCCGAAGGCGCUGAACCGCAAGCAUUUAUUUCGUUCCUUGAAGGCCACGAAAUUCUUCCAAUCCACCGAAUUGGACUGGGUCGAGGUCGGGCUGCAGGUGCGUGUGCGGCGUCCUUUUUGCGUCGCUACGCCUCGUCUCCGGGAAUGAUGGAAGUGGGUGGUUUUAUUUCCGAAUUCGAGGCCGUUCGGACCGCGUCGGGGCCGGCGCCGCUGCGGUACGGAGAACUCGCGGCUACGGCGCACGAGAGACGCGGCCGCCGGUCGUGCGCGGCCGCGGGACGCCCGUCGACGCGCCGACGGCGUGACGGCGGUCCUGGACGCCGCGCGCGACCGCGCGCCGGUCGCAGGUCUGCCGCCAGGGCUACAACAUGUUGAACCUGCUGAUCCACCGGAAGAACCUGAACUACCUCCACCUCGACUACAACUUCAACUUGAAGCCCGUGAAGACGCUGACGACGAAGGAGCGGAAGAAGUCGCGCUUCGGCAACGCGCGCUCGCCGCGUCCCUUCACGCCAUCGACGCGACUCGUCUCCGUCAGAGAAGGCGCUGGGUGGCUUCUUGGUCGAUUUUGAGUGCAUUCGGACGCAGGCGUUCCACCUCACGCGCGAGAUCUUGAGACUUACCAAAUUAGUUGUGGAUUCUGUGGUCCAGUACCGCUUGGGGAACGUGGACGCGUUUCAAUUGGCGGACGGUCUCCAGUACAUAUUUGCCCAUGUCGGCCAGCUGACGGGCAUGUACCGCUACAAGUACCGCCUCAUGCGCCAGGUGCGCAUGUGCAAGGACCUGAAACAUUUAAUUUAUUACCGCUUCAACACGGGCCCGGUCGGCAAGGGCCCCGGCUGCGGCUUCUGGGCGCCGGGGUGGCGGGUGUGGCUGUUCUUUCUUCGCGGUAUUGUUCCUUUGCUCGAACGGUGGCUCGGCAAUUUAUUAGCGAGGCAGUUCGAGGGGCGGCAUUCGAAGGGCAUCGCGAAGACGGUGACGAAGCAGCGCGUCGAGUCGCAUUUUGAUUUGGAGUUACGGGCGGCGGUCAUGCACGACAUCCUCGACAUGAUGCCCGAGGCGCGCGUCGGCGUCCUUUUGUUCGCGUCGAUGGCGUCUCCGUGAGACGAGGCGCGGGGUGGUCUUUUCUUCGAGUUUGGGCCGGAUCGGGCCGCGUCGGGCGCGGUUCCCGAGGGUGCUGGUGAAGCUUCGAGAACGGCGCCGUCGCGGGCCGGGCGCCGGUGCGGCGCGGUCAUGGUACGCCCGUCGACGCGUGACGCCGUCGCCGCGCUCCUCACGCGUCGCCGCGCGCAGGGCGUCAAGGCCAACAAGUCGCGCACAAUAUUACAACAUCUGAGCGAGGCCUGGCGCUGCUGGAAGGCGAACAUCCCCUGGAAGGUUCCCGGUUUACCUGCCCCGAUCGAGAACAUGAUCCUGCGCUACGUCAAGGCGAAGGCCGACUGGUGGCGCGCGCGCGGCGUCCUGCGGCGCCUUCACGCCAUCGACGCGCGUCGUCUCCGGGAGAGGAGGUCGUGGCUGGUUUCUUUUUCGAUUUUGAGGCCGUUCGGACCGCGUCGGGGCCGUCGCGGCGCGUGAGAGAGCACGGUCGGCGAUGGCGUCAUGAGACCGCGCCGCCGCGCCGCCGUCGACGCGCGUCGCGCCGCGCAGGACGAACAUCGCCCACUACAACCGCGAGCGCAUCAAGCGCGGCGCCACCGUCGACAAGACGGUCUGCAAGAAGAACCUAGGUAGACUCACUAGACUCUGGCUGAAAGCGGAGCAGGAGCGCCAGCACAACUACCUCAAGGACGGGUUUUGGUCGGUGUCCCGUCGUGGUGGGGCGGUUUCACUUUGUCGCUGGGACUCGUCUCCGGGAGAGGGGGCCGUUCGGACGGUCUCGGUCCGCGCAGGCCCUACGUGUCCGCCGAGGAGGCCGUGGCCAUCUAUACGACUACCGUGCGGAGUCAGCGUGGUUUCUUCGUCGAUUCCGAGGUGUUUCGGACCGCGUCGGGGCCGUGCGAGUCUCGACACGGCUCGAACCGGCUCGAAAUUGGACCAGAGACCACCCACGUCAUGCUGAGAUGGCCACGAGUCGCGUCGACGGCGUGGGAACCGUCCGCGACGCCGUCGUUCCGCGCAGGUCCACUGGCUCGAGAGCCGCAAGUUCUCGCCGAUUCCGUUUCCGCCGCUGUCGUACAAGCACGACACGAAGCUGCUGAUCCUGGCGCUGGAGCGGCUGAAGGAGAACUACGGCAUCAAUUCGAGGUUAAAUCAAAAUCAAAGGGAGGAGCUCGGCUUGAUCGAGCAGGCGUACGACAACCCGUGCGAUCUCGGCGUCCCGUCGUGUGGAGGCGCCUUCACGCCAUCGAGGCGACUCGUGUCCAUCUCAGGAUGACGUGGGUGGUUUCUUUUUUGAUUUUGAGGCCAUUCGGACGGAGUCGAGCACCGCGAUGCCCCGCGCAGGCACGAGGCCCUGAGUCGUGUCAAGCGGCAUUUGUUGACGCAGCGAGCCUUCAAGGAGGUCGGCGUCCAGUUCAUGGACCUCUACUCGCACUUGAUACCGGUCUACGAAGUGGAGCCCCUCGAGAAGAUCACGGACGCGUACCUCGACCAGUAUUUGUGGUACGAGGCCGACAAGCGUGCGUCGCGGCGUCCUUGCUCACGCCGUACGACCCCCGGCCUCGUGCGACGGAGACGCGUCACGCGCAGGUCACCUCUUCCCGAACUGGAUCAAGCCGGCCGACUCCGAGCCGCCGCCGUUACUUGUAUAUAAGUGGUGCCAGGGCGUCAACAAUUUGGAGGACGUCUGGGCGACCGAAAGUGGAGAAUGUGUAGUGAUGUUGGAGUCGAAGCUCGAGAAGGUGCGUUGAAGUUGAAGUUGAACUUUGUGUCACACGAUCGUAGGUCUACGAGAAGAUCGACCUCACGUUAUUAAAUAGAUUGAUGCGCCUCGUGGUCGACCACAACAUCGCCGACUACGUCACGUCGAAGAACAACGUCGCGUGCUUUGUCAGUGUCUUGAAGUUGACCUUGAACUUGAUCUGGUAUUGAAGAUGGCGUCGCGGCGGCAGCGGGACCUCGAAACGCCUCGAAUCGGCCCAAAUUUCGACCGGAGACCACCCCCGGCCUCGUGAGACGGAGACGACGCGCAGGUGCUCGUACAAGGACAUGAUGCACACGAAUUCCUACGGGUUAGUGAGAGGCCUCCAGUUUUCGUCGUUUGUGUUUCAAUUUUAUGGCUUGGUCCUCGACUUGUUACUGUUGGGCCUCACGCGGGCGUCGGAGCUCGCGGGGCCGCCGCAGCUGCCCAACGAGUACCUGUGCUUCAAGGACGUCGAGACGGAGGCGGCUCGCGGCGUCUUGAAGUGUACUCGUCGCCAGGAGAGCUUGUGAUGCUCCGCGCAGGUCCGGCACCCGAUUCGAUUGUACACGCGCUACGUCGACCAGGUCUACUUCCUGCUGCGCUUCGACGCCGAGGACGCGCGCGACCUGAUCCAGCGGUAGCUCCGGUGUCCUUGCGUCGUGGUGCCGUCCGAGCGCCUUCGUGUCGCGACUCGGUCCGAACUCGCCCGAAAUCGGAAACGAGACCACCCACUUCCAGCAUUCCUGGAGACGACGCGCCUCGAUGGCGUGAGAGAGCCCCAAAUACCCCGCAACACGCGAAACCGCCGCGCAGGUACCUCACGGAGCAGCCCGACCCGAACAACGAGAACGUCGUCGGCUACAACAACAAGAAGUGCUGGCCGCGCGACCAGCGCAUGCGGCUCAUGAAGCACGACGUCAACUUGGGGCGCGCCGUCUUCUGGGACGUGCAGAACCGGUUGCCGCGGGCCCUGACGACGUGCGAGUGGGAGAACUCGUUCGUGAGCGUCUAUUCGAAGGACAACCCGAAUUUAUUAUUUAACAUGGGCGGCUUCGAAGUGCUGACUCGGCGUCUUCAUUGAACUUGAACCUGACGUUGGUGUGAAGAUGGCGUCUUCAUGACAUCGGGACGCCGUCGACGCGGCGCUGGCGUCGUCGCGAUCGUCCGAGCGUCACCGUCGCGCGACGCAGGUCCGCGUCAAGCCGAAAUGCCGCAUGCACCUCGAAGCUUUAACUCAUCGAGACGGCGUCUGGAACCUCCAGAACGAGGCCACGAAGGAGAUGACGGCGCAGGCGUUCUUGAGGGUGCGAUUCAGUGUGUAGAGGCGCCUUCACUUCCUUGGAUGGACUCGCCUCCGUCAGACGAGGCCGUGGCUGGUUUCUGGUCCAAAUUUGAGCCGUUUCGGACCGCGUCGGGGCCGUCGCGGCGUGUCAGAGGGACCGCUUUCAUGAAGAUGGCGUGAGGUCGCUCGCACCGACGCGGUCUUCAUGAAGACGUCGACGCGAGGCCACGUCACCGCGCCGCGCCGCGCAGGUCGACGAGCAGUCUUUGAGGACUUUUGAAAACAGAGUCAGACAGGUCCUCAUGUCGAGCGGCACGCGCGCGGCGUCCAACCUCGAAGAAAAGACCACCCUCCACCGUCGCUCCGGGAGACGACCCCGGGGAGACGGCCGCGCCACGCGCCACCGCCGCAGGCUCCACCACCUUUACAAAAAUUGCGAACAAGUGGAACACGGCGCUCAUCGGCGCUGACUCGGCGUCGUGAUUGAACUUGAACUUAUCAAGAUCGUUACGCGACGGCGUCGUUCCCGCGCAGGCCUCAUGACGUACUUCCGCGAGGCCGUGGUCAACACGCAGGAGAUGCUCGAUUUAUUGGUGCGGAGUCAGCGCCUGUUUGAACUUCAAGGUCGCGUCGAUGGCGUCGACGCGACGCAUCAGCACCGUGACGCCGUCGAUGUGGCCACAUGAGAGUCUACGCGUCUCGUGAGGGAGCUGCGGCGGUUUCGUGACUCGUGUCUGUUGAAGCUCGUUCGACUUGAUGCUUUGUGGAUGAGAGCCUCAUCACACGCUCCACGCCGUCGCCGCGACGCGUAUGUCGCUUCUCGCCACAUGAGGGCCGCGCCGGGAACAUGCCGCGCGCAGGUCAAGUGCGAGAACAAGAUCCAGACGCGCAUCAAGAUCGGCUUGAAUUCCAAGAUGCCUUCUAGAUUCCCGCCCGUCGUGUUUUAUACCCCAAAAGAGUUAGGUGGAUUGGGCAUGCUGAGCAUGGGCCACGUGCUCAUCCCGCAGUCGGCGCUGAGUCAGCGUCAAAAGUCAACUUGAACUUGUCUGAAUCAAUUCGACGCCGUCGCCGCGAUGGCGUGGCGCCGCGACGCCGUCGACGCGGCCGUCAGAGAGAACUGCGGCAGUUGCGUCAUAUCUUGGCGUGAUCGCGUCCCGCCGACCCCGUCGCGCCCGAAACGGCUCAAAAUCGACCAAGAGACCGCCCACGGCCUGCUCUGAUGGAGCCAAUGCGCGUCGACGGCGUGAGGGCCGCUCGCGACACCGUCGUUCCCGCGCAGGACCUCCGCUACAGCAAGCAGACGGACCAGGGCGUGACGCACUUCCGCAGCGGCAUGUCCCACGAGGAGGACCAGAUCAUCCCGAAUUUGUUUAGAUACAUGCAGCCCUGGGAGAGCGAGUUCGUGGACUCGCAGAGAGUGUGGGCGGAGUACGCGUGCCGACUCAGUGUUGAAGUUGAACUUCAAUCGUGAGUGUCGCUCGACGCAGGCUCAAGCGCCAGGAGGCCAACGCCCAGAACCGGCGGUUGACGCUGGAAGAUCUGGAGGACUCCUGGGACCGGGGCAUUCCCCGGAUCAACACGUUGUUCCAAAAGGAUAGACAUACAUUAGCGUACGACAAGGUCCGUGACGCGGCGUCUUCAUGAGACUUGAACUUGAUCUGGUGGAGAUGAUCAUCCGAGGGACGACGCGUCUCCACUGUGUCCGUGCCGCGCAGGGCUGGCGCUGCCGCACGGACUUCAAGCAGUAUCAAGUAUUACGGCAGAACCCGUUCUGGUAACGUAGCGGCGUCCUGUUUCGAUGUCGAGGCGGUUCGGACCGCGACGGCAUCGCGGUCUCUCGACGCGGCCCGAAUCGGCUCAAAAUCGAAAAAGAAACCACCCACUUCAUUGUGAGAUGGACACGAGUCGCGUCGAUGGCGUGAGAGCGCCUCCACACGACGUCACGCCCUACGCGCGCAGGUGGACGCACCAGCGGCACGACGGCAAAUUGUGGAAUUUAAACAACUACCGCACGGACAUGAUCCAGGCCCUCGGCGGCGUCGAGGGCAUCCUCGAGCACACGCUGUUCAAGGGUGCGGUCGCGGCGUCCGAAUCGGCCCAAAUUCGGACCGGAGACCUCGUCUCAUGGCCACGAGUCGCGUCGACCCCACAGGCACGUACUUCCCGACGUGGGAGGGCCUCUUCUGGGAAAAAGCGUCGGGUUUUGAAGAGUCCAUGAAGUACAAAAAAUUGACGAACGCGCAGCGGUCGGGUCUCAAUCAAAUUCCCAAUAGAAGGUUCACGCUGUGGUGGUCGCCGACGAUCAACCGGGCGAACGUGUAUGUGGGGUUCCAGGUGCGUGACGCGGCGUCUUCAGUGACCUUGAACUUGCCGGGGUCGUCGUGACGCUGUCGUCAUGAUCACACGACGGCCCCGACGCCUUCCAGAGACUCGAAGUUGGACCAGAGACCUCGUCUGAUGGAGACGCGUCGCCUCGAUGGCGUGAGAGCGCCGCAACAACACGCGACACCGCCGCGCAGGUCCAGCUCGACCUCACGGGCAUCUUCAUGCACGGGAAGAUCCCGACGUGCGCGCGCGGCGUUUCGAAGCGUUGCGGCGCCUUCCACUUGACUCGUCUCCGGGAAUGAUGGAAGUGGGUCGUUUCUUUGUGGAUUUCGGGCCGUUUCGCGCAGGCUGAAGAUCUCGCUGAUCCAGAUCUUCCGCGCGCACCUCUGGCAGAAGAUCCACGAGUCCGUGACCAUGGACUUGUGCCAGGUGUUCGACCAGGAGCUCGACGCGCUCGAGGUGCGUCCCAGCGCCCCUCAUUCCCGGAGCCGAGUCACGUCGUCACUUCACAGGUCGAAAAUGUGCAAAAAGAGACGAUCCACCCGCGCAAAUCUUAUAAAAUGAACUCGAGCUGCGCGGACAUUUUGCUCUUCGCGGCCUACAAGUGGCAGGUGCUGAGUCAGCGUCAAAAGUCAACUUGAACAUGACGCGGUCGCGGCGAUGGCGUCGUCAUGGGACCGUGACGCCGUCUGCAUGAUCACCUGAGAGUCCACGCGUCGCGCGAGCGCACGGAGACAGUAUGUGUGCCCCACAGGUCGCGAAACCGUCGCUCCUCCACGACACGAAGGACAGCUACGACGGCACGACGUCGUCCAAAUACUGGCUCGACAUCCAGCUGCGGUGGGGCGACUUCGACAGCCACGACGUCGAGCGCUACGCGCGGGCCAAGUUUUUGGUGCCGAGUCAGCGUCCGCAAGUUGCGUCGACGCCGUCGUCACGGUAGCAAUCAACGCAGGACUACACGACGGACAACAUGAGCAUCUACCCGUCGCCGACGGGCGCGCUCGUCGCCAUCGACCUGGCCUACAACUUGUAUAGUGGGUACGUAACACGGUGUCCGGGGCCCUUCGACCGCGGUCCGAAGCGGCUCAAAAUCGAAAAAUAGACCACCCACGGCAUCGUGAGAUGGACACGAGUCGUAUUGAGGAAGUGAAGGCGCCUCCACACGACGGGACGCCGAGUUACUGCCGCCCGACGCAGGUACGGCGCGUGGUUCCCCGGCUGCAAGCCGCUCAUCCAGCAGGCCAUGGCGAAGAUCGUGAAAGUGCGUGGCGGCGUCCUCGUCUCCGUCUCACGAUGACGUGGGUGCUUUCUUUUGCGAUUUCGAGUGAAUUCGGACGCGAUUCGGGUCCCGCGGGGCCCGAGGGGCCGUUCGGACCUCGCGGCGCUCUCGCGAAGACGACGCGGCGACACCAGACAACACACAGGCCAACCCCGCCCUCUACGUUUUGAGGGAGCGCAUCCGCAAGGGCCUCCAGCUCUACAGCUCCGAGCCGACGGAGCCCUACCUCAGUUCGCAGAACUACGGCGAGCUCUUUAGCAAUCAAAUUAUUUGGUUCGUCGACGACACGAACGUGACUGACUCGGCGAAGAAAACUUCAAGUUGUGCUUCAACUUGAGGUCGGAGCGAGGCGCGGCUCGCUCCACGCGGUCGCGUCCACCAGAGGGAGGUCGUGGCCGCGUUUGAGCUGAAGUGACACACGCAGGUCUACCGCGUGACCAUCCACAAGACGUUUGAAGGGAACCUCACGACGAAGCCCAUCAACGGGGCCAUCUUCGUGUUCAAUCCCCGCACGGGGCAACUGUUCCUCAAGAUCGUGCACACGUCCGUCUGGGCGGGGCAGAAAAGACUGGGCCAGCUCGCGAAGUGGAAGACGGCGGAGGAGGCGCGCUGCGGCGUCUUGAUGUGGUUUCUUUUUCGAGUUUGAGCGACUUCGGACGCCGCGACGCGCCACGCAGGUCGCGGCCCUCAUCCGCAGCUUGCCCGUCGAGGAGCAGCCCAAGCAGAUCAUCGUCACGCGCAAGGGCAUGCUCGACCCGCUCGAGGUGCAUCUGUUGGAUUUUUCGAACAUCGUCAUUAAGGGUGCGGAGGCGGCGUUUUGAAGUGUGGGGGCGCCGUCACGCCGUCGACGCGACUCGUCUCCAGGAAUGAUGGCGGUGGGUGGUUUCUUCGUCGAAUUUGAGUGAAUUCGGACCGCGUCGCGCGACCGCGAGGCUCGAGAUUCACUCUCGCUCGACUUGACGCCGAGAAGAUCUCGCGCCUCGCCUGGGACGCGUCGACGGCGUCACGGGGGCGCGUGUGGCUCGCGAGACGCCCUCGCGGCGGUUUCGCGCUCUCGCGGCGGUUUCGUCACGCCGCGACGCGCAGGCUCGGAGCUCCAGCUGCCCUUCCAGGCCUGUUUGAAAGUGGAAAAGUUCGGCGAUCUCAUCCUCAAGGCGACGGAGCCGCAGAUGGUGCUCUUCAACAUUUAUGGUCAGUGACUCAGCGUCUCACGCGAUCUUCAUGCAUCGUCCGGGAGAGGAGGGAUUGCGAUGCUCCGCGCAUGACGUCGUCGCCGCGACGGCGUCGACGCGACGCCACGCCGCCGCGACGCCGUCUUCAUGAUCGUCAGAGCGUCUUCGGGGGCGUCGCGACCGUAUCUAUCCCCCGCAGACGACUGGCUCAAGACCAUCUCGUCCUACACGGCCUUCUCGCGCCUCAUCCUCGUCUUAAGAGCGCUGCACGUCGCGCAAGACCGAACGAAGGUCAUACUCCGACCGGACAAGACCGUGAUCACGGAACCGCACCACGUCUGGUGCUGACUCAGCGUGAAGAAUGAACUUGAACUUGACGCGGUCGCGGCGAUGGCGUCGAUGCGGCCGCAUGAGAGGCCACGUGUCGCGCGAGAGCGUCGCGGCGGUUUCGCGACGGUAUCCAUCAAACACAGGCCGACGCUCACGGACGAGCAGUGGGUCCGCGUGGAAGUCGCGCUCAAGGACCUGAUUCUCGCCGACUACGGGAAGAAGAACAACGUCAACGUGGCCUCGCUGACGCAGUCGGAGAUCCGCGACGUCAUUCUUGGGAUGGAGGUCGCGCCCCCGUCCUUGCAACGGCAACAAGUGGCGGAGAUCGAGAAGCAAGCUAGGGAGCAAAGUCAACUGACCGCCGUCACCACGAAAACGACGAACGUGCAUGGGGAAGAAAUGGUCAUCACCACCACCUCCCAGUGCGGACUCCGUGUGUUGACGUUGAACUUGAACUUCACAGUGACACACGCAGGUACGAGCAGCAGUCCUUCUCGUCGAAGACGGACUGGCGCGUGCGAGCCAUUUCCGCGACGAAUCUCCACUUAAGGACGCACCACAUCUACGUGAAUUCGGACGACGUCAAGGAUUCGGGGUACACGUACGUGCUCCCGAAAAAUAUUCUGGCCAAGUUCGUGACCAUCUCGGACCUGCGGACGCAAGUGGCCGGGUAUUUGUACGGCGUGUCUCCGCCGGACAAUGAUAGAGUGAAGGAGAUCCGGUGUAUUGUGUUGGUGCCGCAGGUCGGGAACCACCAGCAGGUCACACUGCCACACAAACUACCGGAGCAUGAGUACCUCGAAGAUUUGGAGCCGUUGGGCUGGCUCCACACGAUGCCCAACGAAUUACCUCACCUAGCAUCCAAUGAUAUUAUACAGCAUGCGACGAUACUUUCGAGUAACGAGUCGUGGGACGGCGAAAAGGCGGCCAUUGUUACUUGUGCGUUCACGCCCGGUUCCUGUAGUCUGACGGCCUACAAGCUCACGCCCCAAGGUUACGAGUGGGGCAAAUCCAGUCAAAGAGAGGCGUCUUCUCCUACACAUUACGAGCGCGUCCAGAUCUUGCUGUCGGACCGAUUCCUGGGAUUCUUCAUGGUGCCCAGUGAUGGCGUCUGGAACUACAACUUCAUGGGCGUCCAGCACUCGCCGGCCAUGGAUUAUGACCUGAAGCUGGCGACGCCCCUGAGCUUUUAUGAUGAAAAACACCGGCCCUACCACUUCCUCAACUUCGCGGCGAUGGACCGGGGCGGCGACGCGGCGGACGUCGAGGACCCCUUUCACUAAGCCUCGGGGGGUCGUU